CAGCCGGUCCGUCGUCCAGUUUAGUAUUCGACUCGUCGUGUGUUGCGCGCGCUCGUACGUUGCGAUCUUCGUCCGUGUAGAAAAUAAUAAUAAUAAUAUCAACAACGCGCGCGCGUUUACGUGACUGUGUGAUUUUCGCGUGUGAGUACUACGCGCGCGUGUUUUUUUUUCGGUCCGACCGCAUUUAAUUAUAUCGUAUAUACGGCAGCAGACGGAACAGUCGUUUUACCCGCGGUCCGUCAGUCUCUCGCGUGUUCAAGACGCACGUCACACCGCGUACGUACGUGUGUGUGUGUGUGUGUUUGUGAGUUCGUGUGUGCGAGCGCGUGGUGUUUCCGCGUGCCGGUCAAAGUUUUUUCCCCCCCGGCACCAAGAGAUCCGACGGGAAGAGACGAGAUACAGCGGCCACCGGACCAGCGAGACCGCGCAACCACGACCGUCACACCGGGGUACGACUAACAACUUAGUCAUACCCGCGUACUCGACGACCACCGGUGUGGUGUGCCCCCUGAUCUCUGUAUAUUCUGCUGCUGCGACGACCACCACGACGAGAUACGCCGCAUCGGACAGGGCACGUCGUAUACCGCACGUUUUUGCGCGCCGAAAUGCGACGUCCCGAUCAGCUGGCGUGCAGCAGCAGCACUAUUAGCAGCAGCAUCGGCAGCAGCAGAAACAGCAACAGCAGCAGCGUAUCGAGCAGCACAAGCAGUAGUGGCCACCGCCGUUAUCGUACCGUCGUCGCCGCCGCCACCGACGCCGCCGUCGUAGUAGUUAAUACGCUGCUUUGCGAAAGAUAAUAACCGCCGCGCCGCCGCCGUCGCUGUCGUCGUCGUCGAUCAUUCUGUUUAUUAUCAUUUUUCAAUAAAAAUAUAGAUUACCUCUAUUGCCACACACAGACACACGCACAUAUAUAUAUGCUAUAUAUGCACGAGUGUGCCGCCGAUCGUUUUGUAUACAUAUUUUUUGAUUUUUUUUAAAAAAAUAUUUCUUUUUCCUGUUGAAACCCGUCUAUACGACAGCGAUCAGCAGCUGCAACUGCAGUGUAUCAUAUACGCGUUGACAAUUAUAUAUCUGUGUAUAUUAUAAUAUACCUAAUACGGUCUUAAUGUUCACUUAACGUACCUACAUACCUAUAUUUGCAAUUAUUUUUGUAUUAUACCGUCGUUCACGCUGUUUUGUCGUUGAUAUAAUAUACUAAUACUGCAACAUAUAAUAUAUUUCGAAAAAGCUUAAUUUUUAAAAAAUAGUCCUCAAUAUCGUGUGUUAACUGGUUGACUGAUCUUAUAUACACAACAACUAUAAUAAUAAUAGUUUUAAACGGUCUGCUGUUGGUAUACAAAAGCAGCCACAACGGCGAUAAACAACUACAUAAGUAACAGCAGCAGCAGCAACAGCAGCGGCUCCUCCAGCAACAUGGCUCAACCCAGGGUGAGUGUUUAUUACGACGAACCUGGUAUACACCAACAGCAACAGCAGCAACAGUACAUGGACGCGGUGGUCGGGGCGGCCGCCGCGGCCGCGGCCGGCAAUGGCGUAGUGCCGCCCGGCGUGGUGCCCGGCGGUGGAGUUCCUGGCGGUCUUGGGCUCACCGGGACCGGUGGCAUGUAUGACCAACACCAACAGCAACAGCAUCUCGCCCAUCGGGGCCUCCAAAACAUGGCCGCAGCGGCAGCAGCAGCUGCCGCGGCCGCACAGCACCACCACCAUCAUCAGCAACAGCAAGCUGCGCACCUACAGCAACAGCAGCAGCAACAACAGCAGCAGCAACACCCAGUAUCGGCUAUGUUCCAUUCGGCGGCCGCGGCCGCUGCGGCCGCCACACCGCCAAACCACGUGUCACCGGCCGCAGGCGGUGGUACGCCCGCCAACAAUCACACAUCCGGUGGUGCGUCGGUGGUCGUGCCUGAAGCACAGAAACGCGACAAGGAUUCGAUUUACGGGCACCCGCUGUUCCCGCUUCUGGCAUUGAUAUUUGAAAAAUGCGAACUAGCCACGUGCACGCCCCGGGAUCCAGGCGUAGCGGGCGGUGACGUGUGCUCGUCCGAGUCCUUCAACGAAGACAUCGCCGUGUUUUCCAAACAGAUACGUCAAGAGAAACCGUUUUAUAUGGCUGAUGCUGAAGUCGACUCAUUGAUGGUGCAAGCAAUUCAGGUGUUACGGUUUCAUCUAUUGGAGUUAGAAAAAGUUCAUGAACUGUGUGACAACUUUUGUCAUCGUUACAUCAGUUGUUUGAAGGGAAAAAUGCCAAUUGAUCUCGUGAUUGACGAACGAGAUUCGUCGUCAUCAGCAUCCGCAGCAGCAGCGGGUGGAGGUGGUGGAAAAUCCAUGUCUGAACUGGGAGGUUUGGGCGGUCUAGGGGGCGCUACUAACGGCAAUAACGACGGCCGCAGUAACGCGGAUUCAACAUCGCACACAGACGGGGCGAGUACACCAGACGUUAGACCACCUUCAUCUUCAUUAUCGUAUGGUGGACACGGGAACGAUGACCGAUCUCCCGGUUCGGGAGGCACGCCUGGGCCGAUGUCACAACAACCGGGCUCACAGCAAAGUCUCGACCACGGUGAUCCUGAAUUGGGUAAAUGGUGCCAAAGGCGAGAUUGGCCUCCACCACUAGACGCCCGAGCGGCAUCGGCUGCGGAAGCGGCGAAACGCGGUCUUCUGUAUCAAUCUGUGUUCCUCGGCGGUAGCCCAAAUGAUUACAACUCGUGUGAUGCGAGUAAUGCCAGUGUCGGUAGUGGUGAUGGUACGGGUGAGGAUGACGACGAUCCCAGUGGUGGAAAAAAGAACCAAAAGAAAAGAGGUAUAUUCCCAAAAGUGGCCACAAAUAUACUUCGAGCGUGGUUAUUUCAGCAUCUAACGCAUCCUUACCCAUCGGAAGAUCAGAAAAAACAACUUGCUCAAGACACCGGUCUGACUAUACUUCAAGUCAACAAUUGGUUUAUCAACGCUCGACGGAGAAUAGUGCAACCUAUGAUCGAUCAGUCUAACCGUGCCGUAUUCUCACCGCAUGCCGGCCCCAGCGGAGCGUACAGCCCCGAGGCAGCCGGUCUCGGAUACAUGAUGGACGGACAGUCUCAGAUGCUCGCAGCGGCAGGUCACAGACCCCCAGGCGACCCGGCCUAUCACAACGAAUAUCAUCAUUACCCGGCCCAAUACUACGGUCAUUUGUAGUACCGUAAAUUACAAUCUGAAUUCUAGUACUCGUGUUUCAUUACAAUGAUUGAUAACAAUCUGGUUGACUGAUGUAUAUUUUUUUCACUGGUCGCUAUUAUUAUUUUAUUUUAUUUAUUAUUAUUAUUAUUAUUAUUAUUAUUAUUAUUAUUAUUACUAUUACUAUUUUUUUUUAAUUAUGUUUAAAAUAAGACU